AUGAUGCAAGCGUUGCAGUACUAUGCGCCGCGAUUCCGGCACCCGGGUUUCCGUCGCCAUACGGCACCACCACAUCGGCUGACGCGCAGAGAAGAGCGACAGAAACCGCAGCCAGUCCCCGGAGAUGAAAUAUACUACCCGAGUGUCGUCGAUGUGCUGAAGGUGCGGCAUAUGCUGCGGUGGAAGAUCGGCCCGGGAGGGUUCCCCGUCGAGAUUGUCGAUAUGAUCAUCGAUGCAGCCGAGUACUGGCCAUCGGUCGAAAAGCGGAUGAAGAAACCCGUCAUCAUUCCCCAGGAUCUUGAUCGCGAGCUGGUGAGGUCGGUACCGCUGUGUUAUGAUGAAAGUACACUGGGAUCUCCAUCGAAUACCCCACGAACCCUCCCCCACCGGACGAUUCAUCCCUGCCGCAAGAUCGAGUUCCGCAUCUCCUCGCACGACCAAGGGUUUGGUGAUGGAUCGACGGGUCACGACCGGUUCGAACACUCGUGGACAUGGUUCGACGCGGAGACCGUGCAUGCCGCACACUCGCCGGAGAGGUACCAGCAGGAACCGCCGCAGCCGCAGCCGCAGCACCAUGAACAGCAACGACGACAUUUUGGGCCCGACGAUCCGCUACUCCUGCCGCGGGCAAACAAGCUACAGUCGAACGCUCGGUCGGCGGGGACGCUGCAGCACUUCACCGUGACAUGGCACUAUCUCGAUAACGUCGCGGCCGAUUCAGACGAGGCCGAGACGGUCGAGAAGCUACAGGGGCGAGGCCGGGCCACGCUCGACGGCAGGACCGUCCGCGAGCUCGAGAUCGGCGACUCGAUCGCCGUGUUUGGCCGCGCAAGGUUCCGGGCUUGGUCGAACCAUGUCGAGCGCAUGUCUGUCCCUUGUAUCAUCCAAUCUAUUCUUCGUACGAUCACGCAAUCGCCAAGCCUCGCCGACCCGCAGCUCCGACGAAAGAAUAUAAAAGCCCCUGUCCACAAGGAAGCCCUCGCCUCGAUUCCCAUCCGCAAAUUUGCCUCUACCGUGCCUAGAAGCCAUGCCCGACUGGACAAACCUACUCGCCAGGGCCAUUUGAUGGCCUCUCCUUCUCUCCCAGAAAUCAAACUGCGAGGCUCUUUGCCCAUCGGACGAGUCCAGAGCGGUAACUAUGUGGGGCCGAUCUCGGGGCUGCCGUUACGUCCUAUCGCCGAUUGA